AUGACUCGCCUACGUCUCUGACCAGCACAAACAACGGUGAUAGUGGAACUAUUAGCAGUAGUGGAGCCAUCAGCAGUAACAACAGUACAAACAACAACAACAACAACAACAACAACAACAACAAGAGCCCAAAGAGUAAUAAUAAUAAUAAGAACAAGAAGUUGAGAAAGAAAGAUAAUGCGGAGGGUGUUAUUUACAGCCAGGGACAAACAUCAUCAUCCUCCUCCUCCUCCUCAUCCUUCACAACUGCAGGUGGUGUUCCUCUGGCGGAUAUUCCCCCACCAGCUCCCACAUUAAGUUUAUUUACACGAUUUCAACAGAAAAACAGUGACUUCAGUUCUGACUGGUUAAUGCUGCAGGAGGGAGAGAUGUCAUCAACUCCACCCAUUUCUCUCGAAUUAUCAGAGAAAUUACGUCAAUAUCAAGGAACUAUGCAGAAACAGAGAAAUGGAACGAGUUCCCAUUCUGAGGAUAGGACUACUGCAGCAACAACAACAACAACAACAACGAAAACAACCAAACCAACUUCUUCAGAGAGUUUAAAAAACAAUAAUAAUGAUGAUGAUAAUGAUAAUGAUGAUGAUGAUGAUGAGUAUACACCGCAUGGUCUUAAUUCAAUGGAUUAUACAAGUCAAGCAUCUUCUGAAAAUGAUGAAGAUGUUGUGAUUGUGGAUGAUGAUAAUGAUGGUCUACGUGGGGAUUACCUCAGUCUCCAUCCUAUUAAUGGUACUGGCGAUAAUAUCUCGAAAAGUGAUCUGCAAGUAACCGUUACACUUCAAGAGGGAGUGCAUGUUACCGGGAUUUCCUCAGAAACUCUUUCAAGAAGAGGAGGAAUAAAGGAUUUUCGAAAACAGGAUCAACAAUAUCAACAAUCAUCAUCCUAUGAUUAUCAACAACAGAGAUUCAUGUCCAGCACUACUACUACUACUACUACUACUACUACUUCUUCUCCUAUACUUCAACGUGUGGUGCCAUUAUGGUGUGUGGAACGUUUUACUUCACAAAACGGUUAUGCCUCUAAUCCUCUCAUCGCUUUACAUCAAGAAAUAUGUGAUUUCGUCUCUUAUCUUCGCCCAUCAGAGGCGGAAGUACGAAUGCGACGUCUUAUUGAAAUGGAAGUUACAGCUAUUGCGAAGCGUCUCUGGCCAGAGUGUGAACCCAUUGUGUAUGGUAGUAUGUCUACACAUCUUCUUCUCCCCUUAUCCGAUUUGGAUAUGACAAUUCUAAACGUACCUGUGCCAACAGAGGAGGCACUUACAGCAUUGGCACGUGAAAUCAGUCGUGAAGGAUUAUGUCAUGCGGCCUAUCCACAACUUAUUCUUAAAACGAAAGUACCAUUGGUGAAAUUUCAACAUCGUCUCUCUUUAUUGGAUGUGGAUAUCAGUAUUAAUGCUGGUGAUGGUCAACGUAACUCUGCUAUUGUAGUGGAUAUGCUACAGCAGUUUCCUGAGGCACGACCACUUAUAGUGGUAGUAAAGUAUUUCCUACAACAACGUGGAAUGCAUGAACCUUAUCAUGGUGGUCUUGGUUCUUUUGCAACCACACUAUUGGUGAUAAGUUUUCUUCAACAUCAUCCUAUUUAUACCAGUUCUCCAGAGGAGCGAACCUACUCUGGACUGGGACGUUUAUUGGUGGACUUCUUCCGUUAUUAUGGUAUGUACUUUAGCUACAACCGCUGUGGUAUAUCCCUACUGGAUGGAGGUCGUUACUUUCAACGUACCGACAAUAAUAAUAAUAAUAAUAAUAAUAAUAAUAAUAAUGAUUCGGGAUCUGGAAUGCAGCGCUCCGCAAUGGGUCCACCGCAGGUAUUACUAGAAGAUCCAGGAUGUACGCAAAAUAAUGCGGCUAGUUCACUGCGUAUUUUUCAUGUCAUCACUUCUGUGUUUGCACAUGCAUAUAUGGCUUUAACGGCAGUCUUUAACUCACCAGCUGAUGGUGUACAGAGUUUAUCACCAGACUCCACAGAAAUUGCACGACGCCCUACAUUGCUUUCUCGUAUUCUGCAUGUGGAUGCUCCUAGUGUUAAAAGACGCCAAUCUAUUGCUACUGCCUAUGAAGCUAUUAUGCGGGAUAUCAGAUAUGAUGAAAAGAUGAAGGCAGUAUCCAUGUACCGAUGUGAGGAAGAUGAACUGAUACUUAAAGGGAGGAACCCUAAUCCUAAAGCUUCAUCAUCAUCAAUAACCACCACCACAUCAACGACAGCACAAACAACCACAACCACAACAGUAAUAAGAACAAUGAAAGUUGAAGGUGUAGAAUCCUCUUGUAGUGGUGAUACAACAGAGAAAAAGCGAAAACGACGUCGAAGUGAAACUACAACAAACAGCAGCAUUAGUAGUAGUGGAACUGGUAGUAAUAGUAGUGGUAGUAUUCGUAGUCGUAGUCGUAGUAGCAGCAGCAGGGGUGACAGCAAGUCAUCAAGUGGGAGCUCCGUUAAUGUGGUCUCAAGCAACUAUCAUUAA